AUGAACGGCAUACAGGCGUCGUUUUUCAUUCUACUCGAAGCCUUUGUUGUCGUGACAGGAUUUUCUCACUCUCCAUAUUUCACAACACGAGAAAAUAAGCGCCUCCUAGGUCAUCGUAUUAAACAAGUCGAUUCUGUCAGUUUGAAGUCUUGCAGCCAGUUUUGCUUGAUUCAUCCAUGGUGCACUUCAACAAACUUUCAAAUAUCAACCAAGAUGAACGGCAAAGAAACUUGUGAAUUGAACAUGCACGGAGUUGUCAUCGAAAACAAUGAUCAUUUCCAUGAUCAAGAAGGAGUCACUUUCUCUCUGAUGUUAAAGGGAUGUUUGUUGACCGGUUGUCUUAAUGGUGGCUCCUGUGUGCAUGACAAAAAGGAAAACCUGUUCUCAUGUCCGUGCAAAAUACCGUGGACGGGAAAAAAAUGUGAAAAUAAAAACGGAAUAGGCUGGAUUUAUGAUCAUCCUGCUCUUUCAUACAAGAACAUUCGGGACGUGGGAGACUCCAAAGGAGACGGGGAAUACUGGAUCGACCCUGCAAAGAAUGGGAAGCCAUUCAAAGUCUACUGUGACAUGACAACUGAUGGAGGGGGGUGGCUUCUCAUUUCCAACAUUGUUAAGGACGCCUCACCUAUUCAACCCUCCCUCAAGGGGUCCUACGAUGAAGUUAGCCUCUACAAGAGAGGGAGGGAGGCAAAAAGUGGGGGGGUACAAAGUCUCUCGAUCAGUUCACUAACAAAUGGAGUCUCGACGAUCAGAACUAUGAAAAGCGGCUGUAUGAUCACGUGGUUCUCGUCUGGUACAAACAACAUUGGCUGCUUUCACCAGAAAUGCAAGCUGCUUUGUCAAAUUCUUUCUUUCACUGCUGUAUUAGAUUUAAUGAGAUUGUAA